AUUUUACAGCACUCUAUGAAUAGGUUAAUAACAAAUGCAUUAAAGACCGCAUAAUCAUUGUAGAAAAAGGUUCCAAAACUUCCAGGGGUACGUGAUGAACUAUAUGUAUUGGGGAGGUUCACAACUUUUUGUUUUCAAUGUGAUCUUGACAAGAUCAUUUCGGCGCAAACAUUUCAUCGAAAUCAGACAGAUUUAAACCUGAACCAAACAGUGUCGUCAGAAGCUCCUAAGUGCUCUCUCAUGGCGAAAGGAUUAAGACACUGUUUGGGAUAUUUGCAAAGGGUCCUCGCUAAUUUCUCCUAAACUGGCUUUGUCUAAAGAGCGAGUAGAGCAAGAAGAACACACGAACGUGACUCGGGAUUUUACUGCUCGCCGAUUAGCCAGAUUCUAUAAGCUUGGUUCAGUAGAUUUCAAGUCCUCGUGGUUACCGGUUUGAUUUUGUUUUGUCUAUUAUCAAGGAAACGUGUGAUCAAGAGUUCAGGAGAACAUGUGCUCGUUUGCUCAAGAUCUGGACUGCUCAAAUGUUCAAAAAAAUGACUGCGGGAGAGAACUUCAAGAUCAGCAAAGAUAUGAUAUAAAUGGCGCUCAAUAACAAACAUAAGAAGAUCCCGCCAGAAAAGUGUUGAACUAUUUUCGUGUCGCACUCGUCCUGCAAACAACUGCAAACAGAGAAUAAUGAAGAAACAGAUGUUUUCAUUCGCCUUUCACAAAGUAAAUCUUGUCCCAUGCUUCCUUUUCAUUAUCUCAUUUUACCAAAGAACCCCGAAGAACGCCAAGCAUUAAUUUAAAAAAAAAAAAACGUUAAGAAUAGAUCAAAUAAAUGACUCCACAACGCACUAUUAAUAAAUUGCCUCGCAGCGGUACGAAAAUCAAUGGAAUUAUUAUGGCCUUUACAUGCUAGCAACUUCUCAGAACGCGCAUUAAAAUAAUUUUACGUUAGUUAGUACAAGAAAAUAGUAUUCGAUCUUUCCACUCAAAGGUCUAUUUUAGGUACACCUUCUGCCCCUCCCCAGGGCGGUCUCUGGACUAUGAUGUUUUGAAGCCCUUGUUCUCCGACACAGUCUGUCCUGCAUAUAGCACGCAGGGGACCAAUUAGAGUGCUCCUAAUCUCUGUAGAGCAGUCUGACAAAUAAGGAUAGUCUUUGCUCAUUUGCUAUUCAAAAUGAUACUGGUUUAUCUACCUGAUGACAGUCAAUAAAGACAGAAAAGGAUUCAAGCCAAUUGCCAUGGAUAAAACAACAGCUGCUCACUGCUUGAACUAUUUCCAAGACACUUUUAUAUGACAGUAAAUUUCUUAAGCCAUCAUCUUACCGUCGAGAUGAAGAAAACCGUAGUAACGUCUUGUGUUCUGCUGUUGUUGAUUUCGUCGCUGUUGUUAGUCGACAGCGGUAUUUUGGCAAAGCAUAAACGUCGUGGAUCAUCUAAAAAGAGGUUUUAUCGGGAUGGAGAAUUUGAGGCCCUUUCAGAAUUUGUCACGAAUAACAGCGGGGAACGAGAGCUUAGCGACCAGGAAUUCAGAAGAAACAUUUGUUUGUCUGCCCGUGAGCUGGACUGCGAAAGAGAACUUCAAGAUCAAUUAAGAUCUGUUUCAACGGAUGCCCAAAUAACGAAAAAGCGGAAACCUCACCAGUAAAUCAUUCUGAUGUAUUCUCUUCUCGUUAUUGUUAUUAAACGAGCUGCAAAUAAGGAAUAAAGAAUAGACAAAACAACUGACAGGUGUUUACCUCGUGCUUGUUUUCAAUCAA